CCUCCAGCCAGCCAUCCUCUACUGACAGCCCUCCAGCACCCAUUCUCCUCAGCAGCCUCCAGUCAGCCAUCCUCUACUGACAGCCCUCCAGCACCCAUUCUCUUCAGCCUCCGCCAGCCAUCCUCUACUGACAGUCCUCCAGCACCCAUUCUCCGUCAGCCUCCAGCCAGUCAUCCUCUACUGACAGCCCUCCAGCACCCAUCUCCUCAGCCUCCAGCCAGUCAUCCUCACUGCAGCCUCCAGCACCCAUUCUCCUCAGCCUCCAGCCAGCCAUCCUCUACUGACAGCCCUCCAGCACCCAUUCUCCCAGCCUCACCCUCCAGCCCUCUCCUCAGCCUCCAACCAGCCAUCCUCUACGACAGCCCUCCAGCACCCAUUCUCCUCAGCCUCCAGCCAGCCGAUCCUCUACUGACAGCCCUCCAGCACCCAUUCUCCUCAGCCUCCAACCAGCCAUCCUCUACUGACAGCCCUCAGCACCCAUUCUCCUCAGCCUCCAACCAGCCAUCCUCUACUGACAGCCCUCCAGCACCCAUUCCUGAGCCUCCAGCCAGCCAUCCUCUACCCUCCAGCCCCAUUCUCCUCAGCCUCAGCCAGCCAUCCUCUACUGACAGCCCUCCAGCACCCAUUCUCCUCAGCCUCCAGCCAGCCAUCCUCACUGACAGCCCUCCAGCACCCAUUCUCCUCAGCCUCCAGCAGCCAUCCCUACUGACAGCCCUCCAGCCCAUCUCCUCAGCCUCCAGCCAGCCUCUCCUGACAGCCCUCCAGCACCCAUUCUCCUCAGCCUCCAGCCAGCCAUCCUCUACUGACAGCCCUCCAGCACCCAUUCUCCUCAGCCUCCAGCCAGCCAUCUCUACUGACAGCCUCCAGCACCCAUUCUCCUCAGCCUCCAGCCAGCCAUCCUCUACUGACAGCCCUCCAGCACCCAUUCUCCUCAGCCUCCAGCCAGCCACUCUACUGACAGCCCUCCAGCACCCAUUCUCCUCAGCCUCCAGCCAGCCAUCCCUCUGCCAGCAGCCCUCCAGCACCCAUUCUCCUCAGCCUCCAACCAGCCAUCCUCUACUGACAGCCCUCCAGCACCCAUUCUCCUCAGCCUCCAGCCAGCCAUCCUCUACUGACAACCCUCCAGCACCCAUUCUCCUCAGCCUCAACCAGCCAUCCUCUACUGACAGCCCUCCAGCACCCAUUCUCCUCCAGCCUCAGCCAGCCAUCCUCUACUGA